AUGUUGCCAACGCCAGCUGUUUUCCCCAUUCUCUACAACAAACCCGCUGCAGAAUUCAAUGCAGAACUCGACAGCAAAGUGAAUUUCGCUGUAGAGUAUGGCAAAGAGAAUGGAUUUAUUAACCGAGGGGAUUUCAUAGUAGUGGUGAACGGAUGGAAGCAAGGAAGCGGGUUCACUAACACGAUGAGGAUCGUCACUGCAUCCUAA